UGUGGAUUGUUUCGUUUCUUCUUGUUUAUUCGCUACAGUUUCAAGAUUUUCCCAUUUUACCACUGGUUUGUUCUGCCGUACUUGCUUGUACCUGAUACUCAACGUUGCACAAUACAGCCUGAAAACCCCUGUACGAUUUUUGAGGAAACACUUGCCCGGUUUUUUAUCUGAAAUUUCACCAGAAUAAGCACAGCUGAAGUCAUCGGUCAGCCCUAUAAAACACUGUGGCAACAUAAAGAAAGACCCUGUCGACCGUUCCUCUUCGCCGUCUCCGUCUUUUCAACCUGGUAGACCAUAUUUGUGUGAUCAUCUGGCUCUCCGAGUUUUUUCUGGCUCGAUAAUUUUAAGUGUUGUUCUAGAAUCAAUUCAAUCCAGUAAUUUUUCAGAACAUUAAACACACUUCGCCAAAGUUACGACAAAUCUACAACUUUCCGUACUAUCCACCACUAGCCAUUUUGUAAUUCUAGCCAUUUCGCUAACUCAUUUCACUGUUGUAACUCAUCUCAGCACUGUACUAUACUUGUCAUCACUGUUUUAUUACCUGCCUAUCGUAUCAUGUACAUAUAACCAUGUCCGCCGUAAUUCCCUCGACCAAGAUUAAGUUAUCACCCGAAGCAUUGGAAGCCUCUCACGAACUGGCUCCGGCAAAUCCUACACUGGGACAGACGAAUGUUGCGAAUAAUUCUGCUGUAAACUCUACAGCAAAUUUAACGACUGCAACGGGAUCAAAUGCUGGAUCAAAUUCUGGGUCCAAUUCGGGCUCCAAUUCGGGCUCCAAUUCAGGCUCCGUUUCUGGUCCGGCCUCUUCAGCUAACUCUUCUGGAAAGACCCAGACUGUUUUUAUCCAUAAAUUGUACGACAUGCUUCACGAUGAGACGAUUUCACAUCUUAUCUGGUGGUCGCCUUCCAACGACUCGUUCUGUCUUUUGCCAGGGGAAGAGUUCUCAAAGGUGUUGGCUCAGUACUUCAAACACACCAACAUCGCCAGUUUCAUCAGACAGUUGAACAUGUACGGCUUCCAUAAAGUCAACGAUACCUUCCAGAACAAUGAAGAUGGCUCAGGCUCUAACGCAAACGCUAACUCUGUAAACUCUUCUGGUACUUCAACCAACUCAACCAACAACAGUAACCCCAAUAAAUGGGAGUUCCGCCACCUGACCAACCAGUUCCGUAAAGGUGAUAUCGAACUGCUAAAGCUUAUAAAACGUAGAUCUUCUAAAAACAUCAACUCGCACAAGGAAAUCGUCAAUUUGAAGUCAUUGCCUCCUACUUCGAAUCCGAUUAUGGAUCCGAAUUCUGGAUAUGGUCCAGCUCAUGGCCAUUACUAUGGCUAUAGUGACGAUGAAACUUCAUCCAUUGCCAGUGCGAGAAGUCCUCAUGGCUCUUCAGACAAUUUGCACCAACAAUAUCACCAAUCGCUCAGAAUACACCAGCAGUCGCUUUUGAUCAAUAACGAAGGUAGAACUACUCCUAACGGCCAGAUACAGCAUCCUCCACAACAGCAGCAACAAAUUCAACAACCCCAAGCUCAACAAUUACACGGCCUUGGACUUUCAGCUCCACAGUCACCAGCACAUACUCCAAUACACCAACCGUUAUCUCCACGAUUGCAGCCACCUCCUCUUGUAACCAAUCCGUCGUUUGAAAACUCCAUCAACUUCAAGUUCAUAGAGUUGAACAACCAGUUGAGUUCGCUCAAAAACGAACUCAACGUAAUGCACCAGAAGUAUGAUCUGGCCCAUUCGGAAUUGGUCAGAAAUCAGUCAGACACAUUGCAGCUUGUAGAAAUGCUAGAGAGAUUUGUCCAGGCAACAGAAGCAGCACCAGAGAAACCUACAAUCAAUUCCAACAUCUUCAACAACUCGAAUUCAAAUGCUAUUCCUACUGUAACGGUAAACUCAAACGUUGCCAGAAAGGAUGUGCCUGAUAGAGUGUCUAAUAACAAAACGCCCAUCAAUAACACGGGUCGUCUAGCUGAUGAGGAGGGUAAUACUUCUCCUAUGUCUGGUGCCUUGUUCAAAUCCACGUCUUCUAGUUCUAAUUCUGCCACUUCUGCUUCUGUAACUUCUACUUCAGCUACUUCAGUUUCCGGUACUGGUUCUUCUACAACGUCUGCUGCCAGAACUCUUCUGGGAGAAAUCGGCUCAUUAAAGUCCAUACUUCUUCAGAGACUAAGAGCUUCCACACAACACCAACAGCCUCCUCUUCGAGUACAGCAGGCGAGUACAUCUUCUUCUUACCACUUAAGCAAUGCUCCCCACACCACCAACAACUCGCGUAAUCCUUCAAACUCUAAUAUACAGAUAGUGCCUCAACACUAUCCGUUGAAUCCACACUAUACCAUCUACCCACAGAGUGAGUAUAGGGGCCCAGACUUGAAUCAGAACCAGUCCCAGAAUCAAAAUCAGCAUUCCAAACUGAUAACAGAAGAGUCUGCCUCUGCCAAUCGCCAUUUGUCCAUCUUGAUGGACCCCUUGCAACCGAUGCCUACUCGUAAUCCUAUUCUAGAUGAGCAAUCUACCAACUUUAGAUUGAGAGCCGAGUCGAAAAGCUACUCUCCUCUUACUGUUGGAGGUGCCAGUGGCCAGUUACCUACCAGUUCUGGGAAUGCUAAUCAAGCCCAGCAAGCACAUGUCACACAACUACAGCCCCCAGCGCAUCUUCAUUCACAGCCACCUACUGCAAAUGGACCUGGAGGAUCACAGCAGAAUUCACAGUCUUCGUCUAGAUCGUCUAUCGUGGAGAAGAAGACAAGCUCUCGUUCUUCCAGCUUGAUCAACACUCCUGCUGGUCAUGAUAGUAGCAAGCCUUCGUAUCAGCAGUAUCCAUUUCCACAUGUAAAUAGUCAUUCGACUCAUUUGCAUUCAUACCAUAACGGCUCGACCAGAACUAAUUCUCUUCCAAACCCGCCCAUCGACCAUAGCGUGACUACACCUUUAACUCCGCCAGAACCUCCUUCUACCAACCCUUCCUACUUCAACCAAAGAAACUCCUUCACUUCCAUGUACGAUUCCCAUCAACAGCAGGGUCACAAUUACAGAGUGCCUCCUUAUUCUCAACAGCCUACGUCCAUGCCUAAACCUACAGGCCCUAUCACUUCUUCACCAAUAUCUACUACUUCUCCUCUGAGACUUCAGGAGUCCUCAGAAUUUGCGACCUCCAUGUCUAAGAACCAGUUGCCAAGUGUAAGUGAACUAGACAAGUCGAUUAAGGGUGCCUCUUCCAAUGUUCCGAAGUCGGCUACUACCUUACCGCCAUUGCAUCUGAGCCCUAUGUUUGCGUUGUUGAACAAGGACAAUGACGAUGACAAAAUACUCAAGAAGCGUAAAACCUGAUUGGGUAACAAAUGUUUCCUGUCCCAUUAAUGAUAGUUUAUAGAAUCUGUAUGAAUACCAAUGUAUUUUUAUUCUGCAA